CUGAGAAGAUUGUCAGUGAAUGUUACAAUUCUGGGUCAAGUUUCCUCAUUCUCUUUACUGACGGAACUGGGCAAGUUCUCUAUCCAUCAGGAAAUAUUGGUAUCUUGAUUGCCCGCUCAAAAUCCGCCCAAUUAACCUUCAUCGUCAUGAAAGAUAUGAAGCACAAACCACAAAUACAAGCUGUUUUUAUGAGUAAUGGUCACGCAGCCUGCUACCAUCUGAACGGGAGCCUUUGGGUUGUGCUGGAUCCAUGUGGAGGCUUAUAUUUGGAUGAAAAUGGGACACAGCAGAAACAGUGGGCAUGGUGGGAUUCCAGUCAGCACGUGCACGCUCCUCCUUUUCAGCCAAUCACCUUAAAGCUCAAUUCCAACAUUGAAGUCAAAAUGUUAACCCAGGAUCGUAUUUUUUUGACAUACACAAGAGAGAAGCAGAAAGUAACAUUCAACGUUGGGUCUAAACUCAUGUUAAAAGACCCUGACAGUCUCUCCCAGCUGAUGUCAAGGACUGCUGACGCCAAGUGCUACCUCUGUUCAAAACAUCUUCAAAUCAGCAUUCUUUUGAAUAACAUCAGAGACUUAUUAAGGAUCGCACACAGUUCCCAUAGCACUAUAAAGACAAUGCAAGAGUAUGUAAAGCAGCUGCAGAAGUCACUUGACUAUAUUACUGGACUUGCUAACAAACUGUCAGAUUCUGUUGAAAAGCAAAAAAAUCAAUCAAUACAACAAAAUGUGACCACAGUGAAGAAAAAGCCUCACAGGACGCCAUUGCUGAAAACUGAAUGUAAUGUGCUAGAAACCAAGAAAGGCAGACGAAAAGGCAAUGGAAUGUAGAACGCAAUAACCAAACAGGAAACAGAUUGCUUAGUUUUGUAUUUCCAAUCACAUUUCAUCAUUGCUUUAAAGUUCACCGAGUGAUCAUUCUCAUAAUUGUCAUGGUAAACACUUAUCUUACCACAAUUCAUAAGCAACAUCAACUUGGAAUUUAGCUAAUUGUAUUGUCUGUUGUGUACUAAGCCAAACGAUUAACUUUAAAGGGGAGAUCCAGGCAAGCAGCUAAACACUAGAGCUAUUAAUCGUUAAAAAAAACGUGAUCUCCCUUCUUCAGAGGUGGCUCUUUAAUUAGGAAAAUUAGGCGGUCGCCUAAGGCC